AUGCACGGACCCGGGCGCCCCCUCCUGCUGGGGCUGCUGCUCGUGCUGGGGGCGGCGGGGCCCGGCAGGGGCGGCGCGGAGCGCCGGGAGGCCGCGGACCAACAGACGCUGCUGCGGCUCAUCGUGGAGAUCGUCCAGGACCUCAGGAAGUACCACUCGGGGGAGUCCAAGAGGCUGCAGCUCUCGGGCCGGCAAGACUACAUCCUGGACCGCAGGGAGGUCGCCGAUUACCCUUACCCCGAGGAGCAGAGAGUGGAAAUUGUCCCUCGAGAUCUAAGGAUGAAAGACAAGUUUUUAAAACAUCUUACAGGUCCUCUGUAUUUCAGCCCAAAGUGCAGCAAACACUUCCACAGACUUUACCACAACACCCGAGACUGCACCAUCCCCGCAUACUACAAGAGGUGUGCCCGGCUUCUUACUCGGCUGGCAGUCAGCCCGAUGUGCAUGGAGGGAUAAGAGCCGCGCGGCAGCCCAGGACCCGUGAGAAGUGCCUUGGAGACCAACAGGACAGACCCACUGCCUUCUGAACACUCCCCGUGAACAGAGAUUUAUUUUUGCAGACAGACUCUUCCAUAACUCCUUUACCUUGAGUUUCGUAUGUUGUUGACACCAUAUGUGGACACAUAUUCAGUACAUUUGUGUGCCUGACAGUAAUGCUUGCCACUCAUCAUUUUAGACAACAGGACUGCAUUUGAUGUGUCAUGCUGUGAAAUGGCAGAGAGAGAUCUUUUUUCCUGAUUAGGUGACAUCACAGAUAUUUCUUUAGAAACAUAAGCAGAGUCAGCAGAAUCUAAAAAUAUAUUUUCAUAUAGCAUAUGGUAUUAAUAUUUUAUUAUUUUUACAAUUAAAUUCCCAGAGUAUUAUUUGGAACUGCAUGAAAAAAAAGAACUUCAGUGUGGAGACAUCUGUGUACAUGCUC